UAUUUACAAAAGCGAUGAAUGAAAAAUAUCUGGGGAUUUUCAUCUCACUUUUCGUGCUCCAAAACGGGAGUAAAAUGUAAAUUCUCCCAGAAAACCCCUAGUGUGUGUUGCAGAGGAACAUCUGCCCUGUGAUUUAUUGUACUUUUGCUGUGGAAUCUCGAGGAAAUCUACUGAGAAUCUCGUGUUUUGGAGAAAGCCAUACAAGUGCGCCUCAGAGGGCAGUAAUUUUGGUAAGAGAAAGUCGAGGACAAUGGACUACGAGUAUGACGAAAAUCUCUCCGUGAAUGACUUCUACGUGAUGCUGAAGACCAAGCAUCAGAUCCUCCUGGACACGGCGCCAAUGGAGAAUUUCGUGAUUCUCAUUCCGCGCCGCGGCAGUCUUCCUGACGUGAAGACACUGGAGACUGACUUCAUCCUGUCGCACGUUCUGAUUCCCAACGACGAGCUGCCCGGGAGUCACUUCACCACACUCAUGGGCGAAAAGGUGAGCGUGAACGUGGGCGGGAAGAGGAUCAGUGUGGAGACUGCGGCUGGACCCGCGGAGGCGCUGAUCCUCUUCGAGGAGGUCAUCUACACCAAGGACAAUUCCAAGUACCGUGUCUGGUGCAUCGACACACCCAUUGGCAAGAGCGGAAGUGAGCCUGGACGCAGGAAGAACACUCUCAGCACGGAUCUGUACACGAUUCUCACGAGUCACGACGCUGGCCAGCUUCUGGCCAAUGAAAUCAACUCCCAGACAGUGUUUAAGCGCAUCCAGGCCAUUUGCCGAGAGUACGUGACGGUGAACUCUUCGCAGGAGUUUACAAUGGAGCAGCUCAGGGAGUCUAUUCAGGCUCUCUUCAACAAAUGCCUCAAAAUUGCGAUGCUCAACAAUGGCGUGCUAAAGAAGAAGUGUCGAGCGGACGCUUUCUUCCUUCGCAACGUGAAACUCGCCCUGGAAACCUAUAUUAUGAGUCUCCUGCACGACUUUGUCUUCGACCGCGUGACGCUCUGCUAUCUGCCGGAGGCGGAGAUCUUCAAUAGGCACAUGCGGAGUGCUUCUGAUCUCACCUUCGAGAGCUUCCACAUUGACCAGCGCUUCCAGGUGGCGAUGGGCUUGGUGAGGAGCGAGCUGAGUCGCAUUGAAGCGUGCACAACGGUGCUGGAGAAGAUGAACUGCCUGAAGAACGCCCUGAAUGUGCUGCCCAGGGAAGGGCAGGAUAACUCAGCUGUGAGCUCUGACGAAAUCAUCCCCGUGCUGGCAUUUGCCAUUGUGAAAUCCGGCCUCACGCACUGGAUCACGACGCUGAGAUAUCUGAAGCGUCUGAAAUUCACCAGCUUAUGCGAUAAUGGCGUCGAGGACUAUCUCCUGACCACUCUGGAGGCUGCUAUGACGUUCCUGGAGGGCGGAUCCUGUGGAAAGAUGGCGAACGCCAAAGGGGAGGCUUCUGAGGAGAGGAUCACAGAGAGAUUUGCGUCCAGAGAGCACUUCAUUGAGUACUUUCAUGCGAAAGUGCGCGAGAAUAACGAAAAUGAGGUGAUCAGGCUGAUGGAUGUGGCUCAUGUGGAGAUAGAAUCGCUGAACAAGAGACUCUGUCAUCCACUCUGCGACUGCCUGGCGUGCCGGGAAGUUGUAGGCCAAAGUGUGCCGGAUGUCAAUUGUAACGCCGAGGAUGGGAAGACGGCUCUUCACGUGGCAGCGGCUGCGGGCCCGGCGAAGAUGGUCACUCUCCUGAUCGCGCUAGGCGCGAGGGUGAAUGUGAAGGAUCGCGAAGGAGUGACACCACUUCAUGUGGCAGCGCGAGCGGGUCAGCAGAGUACUCUGCUGCUUCUGCUGCACGCAGGGGCGAAGAUUGACGCCAGGACGAGUCUCGGGGCGGAGACUCCACUGCACUUGGCAGCUGUGAAUGGUCAGGAUCGCUGUGUGAAGGCGAUUCUGUACUUUUGCGAUCACAUGCACGUCCCUCAGAUAAGUAUCAAUGCGAGGAAUAUGCGAGGAGAGACGCCUCUUCAUCUGGCCUCUCGCUGGGGAUUCGCCAGCAUUGUGGAGUCACUGAUGGAGUUCGGAGCGCGUGGUGAUGUGCGCAAUAAAGUGGGCAUCACAGCUAUUGAGGCAUCUCACAAUUCGCACAUCCGGACACUUAUGCAGGAAUCUCUGGGGGCUUCCCAGUCGCCACAGCACAGUGUCAGGGCGAAUGGAAGCCCUCCUGAGGUGAAGGUGGAGAAGAUAAUCGAUGCCAUCGCGCAAGGAGACACGAAUCUUGCGCUCUUCUAUCUCAAUAUCGAUCCUUCAGCGUUGGCCAAUGGCACUAAAGUGACCUGCGAGUGCGCUGAGCCACUGUGCCAGUGUCCCAAGGAUCCGGUGAGAGUACCUCGCGGUGCUAGUGUGAAUCUGGCCACAGAGGACGGCGUGACGCCUCUCCAUGCGGCCAUUCGCUACAACAACGUCCACAUGACGCACAUCUUGCUGGCGUUCGGAGCCAAUCCCAAGGCUAAGACGCGCUCGCGAUGGCACACCCCACUGCACUUUGUGGCAACUGGCCAGGAGGUGGACGCUGUUGUCGUGUUUCUCGAUCACACGACCAAAGAUAUCAUUGACGAUGAGGAUAUCAAAGGCAAUACGGCGCUUCAUCUCGCGCUUCUGGCCUCGAAUCUCCACCUCGUGGAACUUCUGCUCAAAUACAAUCCAGACGUGACACGCCGCAAUUGCGAUGGGCAGCGCCCAAUUGACGUGGCCAGGAGCAAAAUGCUGUGCGGAAUUGUGCAGCAACUGGAGAAUCUCAGCGAGAAUACUGAAUUCUAGAGA